ACAUCGAGUCAAAUAAAAAAUCGGAUAUUCGAAUUUCACCGCUUCGAAACCCUUUCUCUGUCCCCAAAUUUUCAAACCCCAACAUUGCAAAUUAGCAGGUGAUCUUUCCUAAGCAUCAUCAAAUCAAGCAAUUUCCGCUGUCUUUGUCUCUGGGAGAGCCUCUUGGACGAGAGCAUUUCGCUGCAAUUUUCACCGGCCAAAUUGGAAUCAUCUGAACUAUUCAUCAUGAAGUUCCUGGAGUGUGCUGCCCUGGAUCGGCUUAACGAUUUUUUGGAUAAUUUGAAUCUUGGAGAACGUACUAUCAAAGGAUGCCUUGAAGCUUAUAGUUGCAAGCAUGCUGGAACUGAUAAAAAACUCUCCAUAAGUUUGGAGACUGAGAUUCUUGAUUAUCUUGGCAAAUCGUCUGACACUGAUUCCUCCUCACCAGAUCAAACCUUAUUAACGAGAACCAGCCGAAAGACAUUGGUUUACCUGGUUCUUACCCUCUAUCACAUGUAUCCAGAUCAUGACUUCAGUGCAGUUAAAGCUCAUCAGUUUUUCACAGAGGAAUCAUGGGACAGUUUUAAGCAGAUUUUUGAUACCUACAUGUUUGAAGCCUCAAAGGAAUGGGCUGAAACUGUUGGGGGUGUUUCUUUACUGGACGCCUUGUUCAAGGCUGUUGAUGAGGUUGUGAAGUUAGUGGAUUGUGAAAUUUACGGUUAUGUCCCUGAUUCUGAGGCAGAUCCGUUACUAGAGAGAGGAGCAAUAUGGUCCUUUAAUUUCUUUUUUUAUAAUAGAAAGCUCAAGCGGAUUCUGACUUUUCAUUUCAGCUGUUUUAGUAACUUGAUUGCUGACGGAUUGCUUGUCGAUGAGAUACACAAUGAGUAUGAUGAAGAAAUAUUUGCUGACAUGGAUAUAUGAGUCGCUACUACCUCUAUUAUGAUAGCAUAACAAGACUCUCAUCCUCCCAUGUGCAGUUCUGUAAUAUGAUGAGAUCGUUUCACGUGUAGUUUUGUAAAUUGAAGAUCGUUUCUAUGGGACAUGAGUUGUAGAUAUAGCAUUUGUAUCUUACAGCAUGCAUAUAGUAGAUUUAGUAUAUGUAUCUUCCUCUAAUGCACAUAGUAGAUUUGGAAUCUGUACCUAUCUGUGUGCAUAUGCCUAUUGGGACACACCUCUGGUGUAAUAUUUAACAAAAACUUACUCGUUUGGAAUUGGAGCAAGGAGUAUUAGAU